AUGUCUUCGGUAUUAGAACAGCUGAUGGAGAUGGGCUUCACACAAGCUAAAGCGGAAAAAGCCUUAAAGUUUUCUGGUAACAAAGGUUUGGAGGAGGCCAUGGAGUGGAUUGUAGAAAAUGAUAGUGGUGAUGAAGAGAAAGGAACUUCUAACAGUACCACUGAAACUGAAAAAGCGGAUUCGCCAUCAUCUUACAAAUGUGAUGAUUGCGAAAAGUGUCUCAGAAAUGAAGAUGAAGUUCAACUGCACAGUGCACGUACAGGGCACGUCAAUUAUUCACAGUCCCUAGAUAGAGUUUCACCACUGACAGAAAAUGAACGUAGGGAACAAAUGGAGAAACUUCAGGAACUUCUACGUGUCAAGAAGGCCCAAAGAGAAGAACAAGAGAAACAUGAAGAGAUUGAGCGUGAAAAGAAAAGACGUCAGCAAUCCAAAACACUAAGUUCAGCCAAAGCGAAAUUUGAAGAAGAUGAAAUACGUCGUUUAGUCGAACAAAAAAAGCGUGAAAAAGAGGAGGAUCGGGCUUAUAGAGAGAAAUUGAGGGCUCAAAUCGCUCAAGAUCAAAACGAGAAGCGUGCACGUGAAGCGGGUGAAUUACUAUCGACUGCUCCAUCAAAUUCAACUUCUGUACCAACUACAGUACCGGAAACAAAGUCAACAAUUUGCCGUUUAAAUAUUCGCUUACCAUCCGGUCAGUCAAUCAAAGGGGAAUUCGGUGUUAAUGAACCUUUAAGUGCAGUUGCAUUAUAUGUCAGUCAAAAUUGGCCUGAUUCUUCAACUUCCAUUGAUCCACAAUCUAUUCAAUUGAUGACUAGUUUUCCGAAACAAGGAUUUACAAUUGAAGAUAUGAAUAAAUCUCUUUUAAAUUUAGGUUUGUGCCCAUCUGCAGUUAUGAUGGUUCGACAAAUAGCUCAAUAA